GAAGAAAACAAGUUGAUUUGGUUUGACAGGUCUGUCAUGUUUAAAAAAAAAAGAAAGAAAAAGAAAGUGGCUUUUUUUCUAUCUCUCUUUCUCUCUCUCUCUUUUAACCAUGUCCCAUCUUGCUUCUGACUAUCUUAUUUUAUGGGCUUCUCAAACGGGUAAUGCUGAAUGGAUUGCUAAAAGCAUUCAUGCAGAAGCAAGUAAAAAGGGAUAUCAAGGUCAAUGCUUUGUCAUGGACGAUUAUGCUUUGGCACCUCUUCAAACAGCUGGCAUCGUUAUUCUUGUGUCUUCUAAUACAGGUGAUGGGGAUGCACCUGACAACUCACUCAAGUUUUGGCGAUUCUUGCGUCGUAACAAAGACAAAGCUUAUUUUACCAACACUCGCUUUACUGUGCUUGGUUUAGGUGACAGCAACUACUCCAACUUUAAUAACACAGGCAAGAAGCUCGAGAAGAAAUUCAAGGAUCUCGGUGCCACUGUGUUUUAUGAAAAGGCCUUGGCUGAUGAUGCUGAAGGUCUUGAGAACACAGUCGACCCUUGGAUCGAGGAUCUAUGGACAGUAUUACCUACUGUCUUGAAACAAAACUCAGAUAUGUCUGUGGAAGCUUCUAUUGCUGCUGAAAAGGAAUUAGAACAGAAGAUGACACAACUUCAAAUUGAUCCGGCGAGUGUACCUUAUUCUAUGCAACAGCGUAAAAAGACACUCCCCGAACCUGUAGAGAAAUACACGCAUCUUGAGAAUUCACUUGUGACAUCCACUGAACAAGACAAAGUCGUGGCUAAGGGAAAUCCUCUUACUAUCAACUUGGCUGGAUUAGAAGCAGGUGCUAAAUUGACAGGGUUGCCUCGUGUGUCUGUUCCUGUGGUUAAGCUUGUCAAGUUAGAAGGUAGAAAGAACGGUGAGGAUCUUUCAGGCAAAGUACCUGAUUUUGUCCCUACACCUGUGCCUAUUCAGUAUGCUCCUGUGACCAUGGUGGCUUGUUUGACCACACCAGAUGCUGUCAAGCGUACAUUAGAAGUCGAGUUGGAUGUUGGACAAGACACACAUUAUGAGCCAGGCGAUGCUUUUGCUGUCUUGGCACCGAAUGAUGAAGAUUUAGUGGAAGCCAUCUUGAGUCGUUUGAACAUCAAGCCAGAAGACUAUCAUCAACUGUAUCAAGUACAAGGAGACAACUUACCUAGUCACUUGGAACAUGCUACACACACCACUUUGCAUGAAUUAUUCCGUUAUGCUGUUGAUCUCACCAGUCAACCCCGUAAAGCUCUGUUUAGAAUGUUGGCAGAUUAUACAACGGAUCCUAAAGAAAAGUUGAGUUUGAUGUAUAUCUGUAGUAAGCAAGGUACAGCUGCAUUUCAAGCUGUGCGUGAUGAAUCACCCAAUUUGCUUGAUAUUCUUGAAUCCUUCCCUCAUUGUCACCCACCCAUUGAACGUCUUUUGGAUCUUUUGCCUGCUCAUAUGCCUCGUUAUUACUCUAUUUCGAGUUCUCCCUUAAAGCGUCAAGGCAAGAUUCGAUUUGCGUUUAAUGUGGUUGAGUAUAUCACAGCCAACAAAGUCCAGCGUAAAGGUGUGGCCACGCCUUGGAUGGACAAGAUCACAGAUCUGAUUCCUAGUCGCACAACACCUCUCAAGACCGAGAUUCCAGUAACAAAAGACAUCAAGGUGCCUAUGUAUGUCCGUCCUAAUGUCAAUGCGUUUGUCUUGCCUCAAGCAACAGAACGCCCAUUGAUCUUGAUUGGUCCAGGCACAGGCAUUGCUCCCUUUAUUGGCUUCCUUGAACACAGACAGACACAGCGUCAGAUCCGUCUCUCGAUGGGUGGUCUUGGCCACCAACCUGCUCAACAGAUCCGAGACGCCUUUGGUCCUAUCUAUGUCUAUUAUGGCUACCGUGAAAAGGCCAAGGACUUUUUGUUUGAAAGAGAAUUAAAUGAGUUUCAGCAAGAUGGAACCAUUACUUAUUUGGGAUUAGCAGAGAGUCGUUCUGCUGAAGGAUUGCCCCGUGUGUAUGUUCAAGAUCUGAUCAAGCGAGAUACAGAUGUCUUGUAUGAUUUGAUUGUUGGUCAAGAUGCUGCUAUUUAUGUCUGUGGUGAUGCUAAGGGUAUGGCGAAGGGCGUUCAGGAUGCUUUGGUAGAUAUGUUGGUUCAGAAACAAGGUUUAGAUGUAGUCGAAGCAAACAAGUGCUUGAUGAACUGGGUUUCAAAUAAGAAAUACCUUCGUGAUUUGUGGGCUUAAAAAAAAAGAGUGUGUGUGUGUGUG